UCUUCUCCCAAGCCAUUCGUUGCUAGCUUCAACAAGUGAGCAUUUCACUCAUUUUGAGAAAGAUAGAAAUAGAGAGAGAGAGAAAAGAGAAAGAGAAAGAGAGAGAGAAAGAGAAAGAGAAAGAGAAAGCCAGAGAAAAAUAUGACGAGCACCAUGAACAAUCAAGUUGAAGAUCAUAUGGUACUCUAUACCCAGUUGUACCCUGGUGUUUACCCCCAAAUGGCACCUCAACAAGGAGAAACAAAAGCAAAACGACGUCGUAAGAAGAACAAAAGUGCCAAGGAAGAGAGUGCUCUUGCCAGAAAGAGAAAGCUCAGUGAGGAACAAGUGAAUCUUCUUGAGAUGAACUUUGAGAGUGAACAUAAGUUGGAGUCAGAAAGGAAAGACCGUUUGGCUUCCGAGUUAGGCCUUGACCCUCGACAAGUCGCUGUUUGGUUCCAAAACCGAAGGGCUCGUUGGAAGACCAAGAAAUUGGAAGAGGAGUACUCUAGCUUGAAGAAACUCCACGACUCUGUUGUUCAUGACAAAUGCCGUCUUGAAUCAGAGGUUCUUAAACUGAAGGAACAAAUGUCAGAUGCAGAGAAGAAGAUCCAACGGCUGACAGAGCGCGUGGACUGCGUGUCGAGUAACAGCCCUAGCUCUUCGCUGUCGAUGGAAGCGGCCAUGGACCCACCAUUUUUGGGGGAGUUUGGGGUGGUGGAAGAAUACGACGACGUUUUUUACGUGCCGGAUAACAGCUACAUUAAUCAUGGCAUGGAAUGGAUGAAUCUGUAUGUGUGAUGUGAUUAAUUGUAGUUUGUAGUAGUGGUAGUAAUUAAUUAUAUGAUUAAUAAGCAUUUAAAUCAACUACGUACUUAUUAUAUUAGGAGAUCUCUCAUCAUGUAGAUAAUGAUCGAUCGUAUAAAUGAUAAUUAUUAUGUAAUUAAAUCGUUUUCUUCUUUUUAUUAAUUAAGUAGCUAUAAUAUAAAUAUAUGUAAGCCUUAAUUAGGGUUGUUUGACUACGACUUCGUGAAGUUGUUAUAUUUAGUUUGAUUAAUAUAACUUGCUUAUUUUGACUGGAAAA